UACGUGCGGCGUCACUGCGCUUAUCUAGCGUAUAGGCGUUACAUCUCAUCUCGCGAUAUUUGGGACGGGACGCUGGGGAACUGGCCUGCCGGAGCGUACAAGCUACACAUUCCGGGACUGCGGGCUGGGUUAUGCGCGGCGGAACUGUUGGGCGGUAUGACAUUGGCCAUUAGGAACAGCAUGGUCGAAAGCCUGCACAUACUAUGGGUUCAAAUCGCUUGACGGCCAGAGAACUUUGUGAGAAUGAUGACCUCGCGACGAGCCUGGUGCUUGACCCUUACCUGGGGUUUCGGACUCAUAAAAUGAAUGUCAGUGCCAUGCCCACUAUACGGAGGCAGCAUCACCUGCGGGAGGCUCUGCAAACAUUCCGUAAGAAAAAGGACCUGGAAGCUGCAUAUCACUCCCUAGCAGCAGGGGAAUGGGCUCGUCAUUACUUCCAAAGCCGGACCCGGCAACAGGAGAGUCUGCUAAAGACACAUAUAUUCCGAUAUCUCCGAAUGUUUCUUCCAGAGAGUGGAUUCAUGAUUCUCUCCUGUUGUCGGUACUCUCUAGAAACCAACGGAGCAAAAGUGGUCUCUACGAAGGCAUGGUGCAAGAAUGAAAAGAUUGAGCUCCUGGUGGGGUGCAUCGCUGAACUAAGCAAAGCAGACGAGACCCUGCUCCGUUUUGGAGAUAAUGAUUUUAGCGUCAUGUACUCCACUCGGAAAAAGUGUGCACAGCUCUGGCUAGGGCCGGCUGCCUUCAUCAACCACGACUGUCGGCCAAACUGCAAGUUUGUACCAACAGAGGGAAACACCGCUUGUGUAAAGGUUCUCAGGGAAAUCAAAUCAGGCGAAGAGAUCACAUGCUUCUAUGGAGACAGCUUUUUUGGAGAGAAAAAUGAAUUGUGUGAAUGUUGCACUUGUGAAAGAAAAGGGGAGGGUGCUUUUAAGCAGCAAAAAACAGAGCAGACCGUAUCUACCUCAUUAGAAAAAUACCAGCUCCGUGAGACAGACGGCCGCUUAAAUCGGCUGAGUGAGAGCGCCUGCAAGCAAUCCCAGCAAGUGACUGCAAGGAGAAAGAAGGAUCCACCGGGUUCAAGAGUCCGGCUAUCACUCAGACUGAAAAGGAUCCCAGCAAGCCGCAGGAAGAGAGCUUUCUAUCGGAGACUCAGGACUCUGGCUUCAUCCCGCUAUUUUUAUUCAUCCCGCCUAGUGAAGCACAUUCCCUCUAAGCCUGUGAAGAUUGCACUGCCCCAGGGGACUGUCUUAAGGGACGUGCGUAUCAUUCUGCAUAACUGCAAAAAAUGUAAUAUGGCCUCCCAUCCUAAACACCAGCAUGAUGGGCAAUGCUGCAAGCUAGGAAAAGAGCCUUUGGUGUCGCUUCGCCGGGAAGACCUCAGCCCUGAAAAACUAAAAUUCCGAUUAAGCUGCCACGGAGGUUCAUGCUCUCCUACCAUCCAGACUGCUAAUAUAGAGUGCAAUGCCAAAGAUUGUCCUUUGCCCGAAGCAGAAAAGGCCAGCGCGGAACAGGUCACGUCAGCCGAAGUGUGUGAGCACUUGUCUUUCUCCCCCGUGCCGAGUCUCAGUGGAGAUGACCACUCUUUCUAUGAGCCCGAAAUCCCUGCUUCAUUGCUGGGGCCUGACAGUCCAUCUGCUGAACCCUUAGUAAAAGAACCCUUGUCCAGUGUAUGUCCUCCUCCUACUGUGUAUCCUCAUAAUAAUAAUAAUGGCGACAUAAUGUCAGCGUUGCAUCAUCAAGCACUAAAACAGUUUGGGAUAACGCAUUAUAUUAAAGUUGGUUUAAGUAAAGAUGUAAGAUCUUUGGAAAAAUCUGGAAAGAAUCCAGCAGAUAGCAGUUCCUUGGCAGCAGAGCCCAGUGAUAAUUGUAUACAUUCUCAGCACCCUGUUACAUCAGAUGACCGCCUAGCGGGUAAUUUGACUGAUGAAACACAGGGUAACCCAGUAAGUUCCCCUGCAAAGACACAGAGAUGCGAAGCCUUAAAUGGGUCACUGGCACCUAAACUUUUCUCUUUAAGAUCCAGACCAGUAUCGUUUAAAGCAAGCGAGACUUCAGAUAAUAAGAUCACCCUAUUCAAAAGAAGUAGUAGUAGUUCGGCAAAGCCAGGGGUCCAAUAUGUAAAACUGAACGGACAUGUAAAGUUGACAGGUCAGCUUGUUCCUAGUGAACCCCAUGCACCAAAUGCGGCUAGAGCCAGGCCCCUGGCCGACACAAUGCGUUCUGACCCCAAAUUGUUGCUAAAGCCAUACGUAGAGUUGGGACUCAACAACAACUUAAAGAGACACUCGGUCACCGGGCUCCCCCCUAGCGCGGUUUUAACAGAAGAAGCCUUUAACAAAUUGCACAGCUCGCCGGCGUCUAAACAACUGGCGGAAGGCGCAAAGAAAAAAGUGGCAUUUAAUCCAUUCACUCCCUCCAAGAGACUGCGGCUCGUGGUCAGCCACGGUUCCAUUGCUCUUGACAUUGCAUCCACAUCGAGCGAAGAAACCGCUUAAGAAGACCAAGGAGUUCCUUGACCAAAUCUGUAAAUGUUAGUGAGACAUUGGAUAGGGUUGUUAGUAGGGUCUGGAUAGGAAGUUGCUUGUCACAUGUUUCUGUUUGGGUGCUACUGUUCCUUCUCCCGCCCUUCCUCGCCUUUCAUACGACUUCUGAUAUCGUAACUUGGCUGCGUCGGGGUGUUUUUGUUUUUUUAAAACAUUCACGUGCCAGUUUGCCUUAGUCUCCAGUCCUGUCUGUACAUGUCCUCAAACAGAAACCUGUUGUCUUUAGAGAUGUUCAUUUUUCUUUCUCCCUUUGAGUCUCUACCUGUGUUGGAAUUUUUUUUUUCCUCCAAGUUUUUUAUGGUGCUAUGCGAAUAAGCACAUCCUAUUGGAUGUGAAGAACACUUGAAACCUCGAUAUCAUUCAUGACCAAUCAUCUCUAUUUGUGUAAGGCAGAACGUAAUGAAUGCAAGAAGAUAAACUCGCAAUGUGAAGUAAAGCCUUAAGCUUGUUGGAUUUAUUAUUAUUAGCCCUGUUCCAAUAAAGAGGGCAAGUGGACCCAUAAUUCCAUGAGAAGGUGCUGACAAAUAAUGUUUUGAGAUACCAGUCAUUCUCUAAACUGCUCCCCCUGCCCCCUUUUUCCCAGAAGAAAGUGCAAAAUAGCUGGACCCAAAGUGCUCAUGGUUCCCCCUAUGGAGCCAUCUUUGCUCCUUGUAUGGUUGGCAAAAGGUAAAACUGUUGAUCCCAACGUAUGACAGUACAUUGUGCCCGCCCCAAGCAUUCCCACCCCCCCAGAGGCUUGUCACACUUUAUUUUAUGACAUCAUAGUAAGGUAUGGGUAAGUCAGAUGGUAAAUAGAAUAACUGGCCCACUGCAUGAUAAAGUUGGGCAGCCCCUAAUAUCUGGCCUACACUUACGUUUGUGCACAAUCCUAAACCAGACUUGCUGGAAAGGAGAAUAAAGCGACUAUACUGGGUUUUAUUUACGUAGCUUUGUGUUUGGUUUUUUCCCCACUGAGUCCAUUAUUUGUUAUUUUUUGUUUUUCAACUACAAAAUAUUAUUUGCCCCCUUUAUUGCAGUUCUAGUCCUGUGUAUGGUCGGCCUUUAGUGCCAGAUGAUGUGAUGAUCUAGCGGAAUGGAUCAGUUUGUAGGUAGGAAAGACUGAAUGAUGGAAUGCUGCACUCAGUAAGGAGAAUAAGCAGCUCAUUAGUGUCUCUUUUUUUAAAAUCUUUCCUAUUUCAGUACGAUAUUUAAUAAAACAUUUUAAAGUAACUGAGUGAGUUUUCUUGUUAACUGUUUGUGAAGCAAUCUGAUUGGCUGUUGUGUUGGACGGGGACAGGUAGGUGUGGAGAGUCAGAAGUUUUCUGACCUGAACCCGCCAUUCUCAACCCAAGCCUGACCUGGCCCAAGAUUGAGAAGGGAAUUUUUAUUGUAGCCUCCUUAAUCUUCUCAUUGGUGUAGAAGUCCAACCUUUAACCAAAAAUAAUACAGUAGAAAUACAGGUAUGGGAU